AAUCUCGAAUUUCCGGUGCGGGAAAAUUGAGAAAUUCUACGCGAACAGAAGGAAAAUAUGGAUACUGCUGAAUCUGUCUCAAAGGGAUGUUUUGCUUACAAGAAAGGAAAGAAGAAAGUGGCAAAUCCAGCUGCAUAUUUCACCAAGAAGGAUAUAGGAUGUGAGGCCCGACUAGAAGCAUACCAGUCCCUGUGGGAGAUAGUGGACACAGACAUAAAGAUCAUGCAGUCGGACCUAAAUAGUCAGAUCUUUGAGGAGCUUUUGGCCUUUGCAGCUUCAAGUCAUAGUCCUCGCAGUAGUGAUGAAGAGGAAGGGAGACAUCUUUGCAAGGCUAUUCAGGAGAUUCCAACAGCAGCUCUUAUCACAGGUGUGAACACUCCAGACCAUGCAGUUAUGUUCUCUAACCUUGUGCAGCUGCUGAAGGAAAGAGUUAGCUCCCUUGUUGCAACUCUCCGCUCAAAGGACUGUCCGAACCUGAAGACAACCCUCUCCAAGAUGAUCUCCCAGCUGACAUCAAACCCAGACUUGAUGUUAGAUGAUGACGAUGAUGAUGUCGCUCCAAAACGGAAGCAGGCAGCGUGUACAGUGUCCACACUGUGCCAGUGGUAUAACAGCAAGUUCAGAUCUGCAAGUUCUUCUCCAAAGAAGCGCCGUUCUGGUGGUGGAGCUGUAGAAACAACCAUGUCUCAGCCCCCUCUGGUGGUUGUCCUGGAGGAUAUGGAGAGUUUCUUGCCCCAUGUUCUUCAAGAUGUCAUCAGUAUCUGCAGCAACUACAUUCAUGAGCUGCCCCUGGUCUUGGUGUUUGGAAUUGCCACGUCUGUGACAGCUGUCCACCGCCUGCUCCCCAACUCGGUCUCCUCGCUACUGUGCAUGGAGAAGUUCCAGGCCCCGCCCUCCUCUGAGUACCUCACCCAGGUCAUCAACAAGGUGUUGAUGACAGCAACGUUUCCCUUCAAGCUUGGGCCCAAAGUUUUCCAGCUGCUCCUUGAUAUCUUCCUGUACCAUGAUUUCUCCGUCCUCAACUUUAUCAAGGGGCUCCAAUUCUGUAUGUUGGAGCAUUUCUACAACCAGCCUCUGAGUCACUUGUGCUGCCAUCUGGUGGACAUAGACAGCACUGUGUCCAGUCUCAGCCACAAGGAACUUGACCGACUCAGACAGGUUCCGUCCUUCUCCAGGUACAUGGAGGAGAACUGUUCUUCUGAAGAUCAGUCCAAACUCCGGGAGGAUAACAAGUUACUGAAGGAGCGAGUGAAGGAUCUACUUAUUGGUCUCCAUGACUACCACAGUACCUUCUUCCCCAUCCUACAGUGCCUGAAUGUAUGGGGGUCUGUUCUUCCUAGAUACCCUCUUGGCAAACAGCUGCGGGAGCUGUACGCCACCAGUCUCGAGUCAGAUGUGUGUGACAGUGAGGCUUACAAGGAGGCCAUGACUCUCUUCAGGAUGUUGUCGAAGGAUGAGUUGUCGAGUCUGGUGACGUCGUGUGUGGAGCGAACCAUGUCGCUGGACCUCCCUCCAGGGUUGGAGCAGCUGCCAGACCAGCUCCAUGAACUCCUGAUUGUGCUGGAGAAGGAAGAAGAGGAAGUCCCAGAGACAGAGCCGGCUGAGAAAGAUGAAGUGCGCUUCACAAAAACAGAUCUGCACACUCUACGCAAGACUUUAAAGGAAAUGGGGAAGAAAAGAAGAUUUUCACCGUUUGAACAACAGAGAGAAACAGUUAUUGACUUCUUUGAUUCACUAUUUAGGAAGUACUUGAAGUGUCCAAGCAGUCAGCCCCUACAUGAGUUGGUCUACUACAGUUCGGUGUCUGGUGUCCGGCGCCACAUCAAUGCCUCCCCACGCCUCGCUAUACAGAAGGCGCUCAGUAACCGAGCCAAGUACCUACAGUGUGAGUGCUGUGAAGGAGAGCAUGGAGCGAUCACAUCGUCAAUGCCUGAUCUCUGCAUUGUGUAUAAGCUGCAUCUGGAGUGUCCUCAACUCAUCAAUCUGUAUGACUGGCUUCAGGCUUUCAUUACCGUGGUAACAGAGGAUGAACAGAAGAGGACAAAGGAUGAGGACAGUUUAUUGCAAGCACGAUUCAUCCGUUCAGUCUCAGAACUGCAAUUCCUGGGCUUCAUCAAACCAACAAAGAGAAAGACAGAUCAUGUGGCCAGACUGACCUGGGGAGGUUGCUGAUACAGUGUGUAACAUGUGAUACUGUGUGUAACAUGUGAUACUGUGUGUAACAUGUGAUAACAGUGUGUAACA